AUGCACAGCUGUCAAUGGCCGAACGCUGUUUGUUAUUGUAACCGAGGGGAUUGAUAAUCCAAAAAAAACAGUUUACUUCCAUUAAGAAAAUAUAUGUAAACUUUAAAAAAUAUUACUGACAGGAGAUGUCUAAAGAGUCGAGGAGCGAAGGACGUAGGAGGCGCGAGCAUUUGGCGCCCGGGCUGAAAGCGGCGUUUCUGGGCGGCGGCGACGGGCGUGAGAGGAGCGGACAGUAUAAGUCGGGAGCUGGCGCCGAGCCCCGGGAUAGGCCGGGGCCUAAAAUGGGGCCUGGAGGAGACGAACGCGAGAGAUCUGGCAGCGGCAGUUCGGGAUCCUCGUACGGGGGGAAAAGCAAGAGCUUGGCGGGCUGUGGCAGUUCUAAGGCCUCAUUCCAACGAUCAAAUAGUCAUGACAAAGUCCGAAAAAUAGUUGCCCAAGAAGGACGGGCAGCCAGAAACCUGAUUGCAUGGAGCGUUCCCUUGGAAAAUAAAGAUGAUGAUGGAAAAUCCAAGACUCACAACAGUGGAAAAACACGGGAGACAGUGAAAUCACAGCGAUCCGUUCCAAGUUCACAGAGGAUUUUAAAACAGUCUGUUUCAACUGAAAAGUCCUCGCUGAGCUCUGUUGGGGAGAAGAACGCCGUUGAGAAGAGUCCAACGAAAGGCCGGCAGCUCCGGAAGAUUGACUUGAGAGCACGCUACUGGGCAUUUCUGUUUGACAACCUUAGACGAGCAGUGGAUGAGAUUUAUGUCACUUGUGAGUCAGACCAGAGUGUAGUGGAAUGUAAGGAAGUCCUAAUGAUGCUGGAUAAUUAUGUGCGUGAUUUCAAGGCCUUGAUAGAUUGGCUUCAGCUCCAGGAGAAGUUGGAGAAGACAGAUGCACAGAACAGACCCACAUCUCUUGCCUGGGAAGUGAGGAAAAUGUCACCAGGAAGGCAUGUUAUGCCAAGUCCACCUGCAGACAGAAUUUGCACUACAUCAAAUGCUCGAAGGAGCUUAAAUUUUGGCGCUCCCAAUGCUAUGGCAGCACCCACAGCCUUGGCAGCAGCUCGCCUUGCUCCAACAGGUGUCAGUUGGGCUGACAAAGUAAAAGCUAACGGAGCAGGUACAACUAUUUCUGCAGCUUCAAAACACAUCCAGAAGUCCUCACCGCGGAUUAGAUUACAUCCAAAUGACAGUAAAGAUACUGAAGGAUGGGAGACAGUGCAGCGUGGAAGAACAACUCGGUCACGUUCUGCCACAAUGGCUGCUAAUGCCGGUACUAAGGUCUCAGGAACUAUGUAUCUGAGUCUUAAGGAUGACAGUGAUAAGGAAAAUGGAGUCUCAGUUUCACAGAAUGGAGACCUAGAAUUUGAACAAACCAGCCCCAGUUCUGAUAGUGUAACUGUUACACCAGAAAAGUUAAACAACCAGAAUGAAGAUUCUUCUAUGGACAGCUUUAAGCACACAGCAAACAUGCCGACGGAUUCUGUGCAGCCUGAUAAUAUGCAAGACAAGUCCUGGCAGCAAGAGACAGACAGUGGUGAAAGAGAAAAAGAUGUAGUCUGCUUGUCACAGGAUAUGAAAGUGGAAGUGACACCCACUGUUUCUGUGCAAGAACCAUCUCCAUCAGAGAGUCCUAGACUGGGGCCUGACAUGGAUCUUUCCAGUGAGCUUUCAAAUCAAUCUAUGGCAGCAGUACUCGCAAAAGGGGAGGAGCUGGCGAAUCGUUUAGAAAAGGAGAAUGAAGAAGCAAUUGCUAAUGCCAUUGCUGAGGAGGAACAAUUAACAAGAGAGAUACAGGCAGAGGAAAAUAAUGACAUUAAUCUGGAGACUGACACUGAAAGCGAGUUUUCAGCCAGCAUGAGCAGUGGCACCUUAUCUCUCUGUGGUCUGUCCUCACAAUCCCAAAAUCUGGACUGGAAUGAUGUAUUGGCAGAAUAUGAUGCACGCGAACCAUGGCGCCAGAGCACAUCGUGGGGAGAUAUUGUAGAGGAAGAACCAGCGCGACCACCAGGACAUGCCAUCCAGAUGCAUGAGAAGCUUUCCUCGCCAUCACGGAAAAUGACAAUUGCUGAAUCAAAAAAGAAACAUGAGGAAAAGCAGUUAAAAGCUCAACAACUCCGUGAAAAAUUAAGAGAGGAGCAAACACUGAAAUUACAGAAGUUGUUAGAGCGAGAGAAGGAAGUGCGGAAAUGGAAGGAAGAGCUGUUGGAACAGAGGAGGAAAAUGAUGGAGGAGAAAUUGCUUCAUGCUGAACUUAAACGAGAGGUGCAACUACAGGCCAUUGUGAAAAAAGCACAGGAGGAAGAAGCCAAGGUUAAUGAAAUCGCUUUCAUCAACACAUUGGAAGCACAAAACAAACGUCACGAUGUGCUUGCAAAACUAAAAGAGUAUGAACAGCGGCUGAAUGAAUUGCAAGAAGAAAGACAUCGUCGUCAAGAAGAGAAGCAAGCACGUGAUGAGGCUGUGCAGGAGCGUAAGCGAGCACUGGAGGCAGAGCGUCAAGCUCGUGUGGAGGAGUUAUUGUUGAAACGAAGAGAACAGGAGGCUCGAAUUGAACAACAGCGACAAGAGAAAGAGAGAGCAAGGGAAGAUGCUGCUCGUGAAAGAGCCAGGGAACGAGAGGAGAGACUAGCUGCGCUUAGUGCAGCACAGCAAGAAGCUAUGGAGGAACUGCAGAAAAAAAUACAGCUGAAGCAUGACGAAAGCAGUCGGAGGCACAUGGAGCAGAUAGAACAGCGAAAAGAAAAGGCGGCCGAACUUAGCAGUGGGAGGCAUGCCAACACUGACUAUGCUCCUAAGCUUAUUCCCUAUGAACGGAAAAAACACUGUUCCUUAUGCAAUGUGUUGAUCACUUCAGAGGUCUAUCUCUUCAGUCACAUUAAGGGAAGAAAACACCAGCAAGCAGUACGAGAGAACAGUAGCAUCCAGGGUCGAGAGCUGUCAGAUGAAGAAGUGGAACAUCUAUCCUGCAAGAAGUACAUUACAGAUGUUGUAACUGAGACCUAUGUACAUCCAGAGGUAUCGAAGGAUGCCGAAGAGAAGCAAAAAAUCAGAAAGAAGGCGAAGAAACUUCGAGCUCGCAUGAACUCGAGGGGUAAAGAGUAUGAAAGCUUACUGGAAACCAAAGCUCAGAUUCCAGACUCUCCCUUCAAAGCAAAACUGCAGAGAUUGGUGAAAGAUCUUCUGAAGCAGCAGCAAGGACAGGAUAGUGGGCCGUGGGCAAACAACAAGGUAUUAUCUCUUGACAGAACACUAGGAGAAAUCAACCGUAUUCUGGAAAAGCAGAAUAGUGCAGAUCAGAUCGGAUUCCAGGUUGGAGGAGGUCUUACUGCCCUCGAGCAGAUCCUUCAAGUUGUGAAUGCCAUUUCCAGUCCAAAUGUUGUUCCUCGGAUUCCAGUCAAAUCCCUAUGCAAUGUGGUUAAUGCGUACUGCUUUGCCUGCAGUGGCUGCUAUGACAACUGCUUCUAUGUUCUGUUCAGUAACAAGAUCACCUUCUUAAUUGAACUGCUGAUGCAUCAGUUAACGCUCUUUGUUCCUGGUGAAGAUGAAGCCAUCUUUGGAAAAAGUGUGAACAAACAGGUGUUUGAAGGCCUGACUACAGGAUUGCUACAGACUUGUGCUACAGUGCUUGGUUGCUUGGCCAGUCAUCAGCCUGAAACCAACAGCCACCCAGGAACACCAAAAAAAUCAGGGCAAGAUGCAAAAAAUAAUCUUUCCCAAAGUGAACUCUAUCACAGCAGGAUACAGGAUCUCAUCAGCUAUGUGGUACACACUGGACUUGCUGAUAAGCUGUACGGCUGUUUCCUCUCCAUACAAGGACCUGUCGAUGAACAACCUAAAAUUGCUUCCUUUCUCCAAAACGUUACAGCCCUGCUGCACAGUAUGUGUCGUCUUUGCUUCAAUAUUGUUAAUCGAUCGCACAACAUAUUUGAGAACAAAAGGCAUGACCCAACAGGACUGUCCGCAGUUUUGCAGUCUACUGAGCUAGUGGGCGUUCUCAACAUGCUUUACUGCAUCCUCCUUCAUGGUACGGUUCCUGACCACAACACCUCCCCACCAGUUGAAACCUACCCACAACAUAUCAUUCAAGUUGCAAUUCAGAGUCUUCGCUUCUUAAACAGCUUUGCAUUUUUGGAUCUUCCGACUUUUCAGGCUGUGUGUGGUGCUGAGGGACUCUCUCUGGCAUUCCGCCACAUUGUUAGUUCACUGCUGUGGUAUUGUUACCAUCACACUAGUGAGGAUCUGCUGCAUGAAGUCAUUGUCUGCGUAGGGUAUUUUACUGUAAACCACCCUGACAAUCAGGUAACAGUGCAGUCAGGGCGCCACCCUACAGUCCUUCAGAAGCUCUGCCAGCUGCCUUUUCAAUACUUCAGUGACCAGCGUUUAAUCAAAGUCCUGUUCCCAACACUGAUCACGGCUUGUUACAACAACCCGCAGAACAAGGUUAUCCUAGAACAGGAAAUGAGCUGUGUCUUGCUUGCCACCUUUAUCCAGGAUUUUGCACAGAGUUUGAGUCAGACUGACAAGCCAUCUCACCAGGCGGCAGGAGCCGCUUGCAGUCAAGAUUACCUUGAGUUCUCAAACAGAUUUCCCCGUGAGAUGUGGGAAGAUGCCCGUAAAUUCUUUCUGCAGAAAGAGCCAGUUUGCUAAGGGGAAAGGGUAUUCGACACCACACAAAAAAAAUAGGUUUAAAUGUUAGUCUUGUUACUCAUUAAGUGAUAUUAUGUUCUAGGACAUACUCAUUUGAUUUGCACAAACUGUAUAUAUUACCUGGUGUAUAUAAGAUCUCCAUCAUAAUCACUUGACAAUUUUUUAAGUGAACCUUUCUAGCUUAUGUGCAUAGAGAAUAAUCUGUUUUGUUUUUGUUUGUUAGAAGAUAUAGCAGUCCCUUUAGGAUUGUAUUAAUUAAUUUAUUUAUUAGAAGUCCGUUGGUGGCUCAAAUACACUGACACAAUAAAAUUAUUUAUUUUCAU